AGAUGUUAUGCAUUCAUCGCCGAGGAGGAAUUCCGGUAAAUGAAUUCAAGCCAAMUAUCAGUGAUUCCCGUUAGGACAUAUGAUUUUUUUAAUUCCUCCAUGAAAUUUAAGUUAGAGUAAAAGGCAGCCGAGAUGAUGUUCUUCAAAGAUCGGUCUUUGGGUUGUGGAUGGCUUCCGAUCUUUUGGUGUACAUUCACCUGCUUYACCUUUGCUUUAUGUUACACGGUCGCUGUAAAACUAGACCAUAUCUAUCCUCUGGUUCCUGCUAUAAGUGACACAGGGGCACAAGUACCCGAAGCCAAUAUUUUUUCGGAACUGUUUAACUUCUCGUGUCUUUUAUUAGCGGUGAAUAUGUUUUUGCGCUUUCUUCAAUUCAAGAUAGUUAGCAAGCCAUUCAUCUCGUCUGAUCCUCUUCUYGAGCGCUUUAACAAGCUGGCCUUGUGCUUUGGAAUGGUAGCAGUAUUUGGUGGAACUAUAAUUGCAAACUUCCCCUCUCAAGAGGAGAGUAACAUGGUGUAUUUCCACGAUACUGGUGCCGUUCUGUUGUUUGGCUUUGGUGCCGUGUACUGCUGGCUUCAAACCGGUUUAACCUACAAAAUGAKUCUAUUAGGUUGUAACCCAGUCCCAAUCUUCGCUGCUCGGCUCAUUCUCACUUGCAUCAUUACCGUAUUUGGGUCGAUAUUUUUCAUCGCUGAGAUUGUCGCCUACGAUAUGUUCCGACAGCAGAACGAGCACACCGUCGCCCACUGGCAACCCGAAGACCCUGGAUACUCUAUCCACGUCCUUAGCAACAUAGGCGAAUGGUUGUCAGCUUUUUGCUUUGGUUUGUUCAGCGUCACCUUCUUCGAUGAGUUCCAGUGUGUCACGCUGACAUUGGAUUGCAGGCUCAAGCCAAGAGCUACAUCUGAGAGUAGAGAUUUUUUGAAUGAAAGCGGRAAUCACGACGAAGAUGAUUUCGACGAGUAAAGCUAUUUGUUUCAUGGGCUUGAUUUUGUUUCUUUGAUGUAAACAGAGGGAACUAUAUGGGAAGUUAUAUCAACAAACGUUUAUGCGAAAUUUUUCUCAGGGUUCAUGUGAAGCUCCGCUGUCCAUUAUUGUCAGACUCAUCACCUAGYUGAGUAUAAUCAGUCACUGUAACUUCAAAAUUUAUUUAUUGCUGACAAUCAACUUUUAAAAAGACAGAAAGUGGAGACAAAUGCAUAAAAUACACAAACAAUAACGAAACCGGCCGUUGAAAGAGGGUCGCUAUCGCAAGAGGGCCAUUAUGGCACUGCUAUCCCAAAUUCUGGAAAAUACACCUAAACCAACAGGUGCUUUAAAUUGGCACCAGAAAAUCCAGUCAUGUGAUKUACUAAGCAUACAACAUUAGCUUGCACGUCAUUGAGCGUCAAUCUCACCAGGCGUUUAUAUAUAUAUAUAUAUAGUAUGAGUGCAAGAGGAUUGAAUGUUAUAGUUUAUAAGGGAGCAAAAUGGCUUAACGUAAGGGACCAUAAAAAUUAAAACUUCCAGGUAUAUAUUCAAGUGAACACUACAACUGUCGGCCAUAUUGGAUUCCCUUAAAAUCCUGGACCUCGACAAACGACGACAAAGGAACAUGUUAAAAAGUAUAGGACUCUAUCAGCUUACACACAUUCCCGUAAUGCGAAGGUGUCCACGAAGUAAAAAGUCAUUUUUGAAUUAAUUAGAUAAAAUUGUAAAAUAGUGGUGUUAGAAACUAGAGUUAUCACGUAAAAUCAUCACAUAUACCUAUAGAUAUCUUUGUAAUAACGCCGUACAAUGUACACCUACGGUAGGAUAAUGAGGGGUUUGCAUGUUCAGAUGUUCUUAAAGGUAGGUGAAUACAGGAUAUGUMGACCCUGCGUUUUGUAAAUAAUUUUCGGGAUUAA